AUGUCCGCGCACACUUGGAUUUUUAUUUUUCUCGUCGCUGUCAUCACGAGUGACACCGGAGUGUACGGCCGCGCGCUCUCUCGCAGGACUACAGUGGAAUAUGACGAGCGUGCGUCUUUACGCGCGGACGCGCUAAAGCGGUGGAGACGUGGGGUAGCGAGUGCGCACCGGGAGCGCUGCGCGGAUCUCAGUGCGCCUUGGCUGGAGAACAACCAAGUGCCGCAAGGCCAAGGGAAGCUGAUGCCGCUGCGUCUGCGGCCCUAUUCACCCGGAGUCUCGCGGGGAUCCGUUUUCCCGGGAAAACCCCUGUUCAGUUUUGUGCGCAGAGUUUAUCACUGCUGUCAACAAAAACUCCACUGCCGAAGCGUCAAAGGGAUUCAAGGGCGACUCAGAGGAGAAGGAGAUGUGGAGUUUCUCUUAUUGAAGGAGAUUUCUUCAUUGACGGUGACCAGGGCUGAGCUUCACUUGCAGCUCUCCAACCCACUGCAUGCUCCAGUUCGGCCUGUGCUUCCUUCACUGGCAAAACAAAAUCUCCCAACAAGGUACAGCUCUUCAAUGCAUGGAGACGUGAUGGAGAUAAGAGUGGACCUAGAGUUUAUUAUCAGAGGUUUGCAAGAUGUGGCAGGAGGAACUGCUUCUCCUGGACCCAGCCUGGUGAAUAUGCGCCAUAGAGAAGAACCCCGUAAAGACCAUGGCAUCAACAGUGAUCCCACUGGGUGGAAUCUAGACCUUGGACUGCUUUUGGACUGUGGUCUCUCCAGCGCGUGCAAUGAUGUCCAUGUCUUACACGCCCCGUUCAUAGCCGUCUAUUACAAAUAA